UUCAACAUGUUCGCAAAGGUCGUCAUCUUCUGUGUUGCUCUCGCAACUGCCCACGCCUCCCUCGUCGGACCUUUGGGACUCGGAGCUCUGGUCCUCGCUGCCGGACCUCUAGUUUAUGGAAAAGGUUUGAUUGCCGCCCCAGCUGUCGCCACUGUAUCAACUCAAAGAACCGCCAUUAACCAUGUUGCUCCAGCUGCACGAAUUGCUGCCGCUGCUCCUCUUGCCGUUGCAGGGCCUAUUGUCGGUGGUCCAGUUCUAGCUGCUGGACCUUUGGGAGUCGGAAAAGGAUUGAUCGCCGCCGUCCCUGCCGUUGCCACUGUUUCCACCCAGAGAACUGCCAUCAACCACGUAGCCCCUGCCGCACCCAUUGCAGCUGUUGCUCCUCUUGGAUAUGCUGCUGCUGCUGCACCAAUUGCUCUUUCUAAUGGAGUCAUCACUGGUAAUGGAAUCCUCGCCAACGGUCUCGUCGCUGGACAUUUUCUUGCUGCUCCCCUCGCCAUUGGAAACGGUCGACUUGGUGCUCACUAUGGACUCGGUGUUGGACGAGUUGCUGUCGGAAAAGCCAUUCUGUAA